CUGUUUCCUCUCCUCUUCUGUCUCUCGAGUCUCGAUUUGCGCCGGCGGCGGAAACAAUUCAUCUCCAUGGCGGCGACCGCGCUCCGGACCAUCUGCCAGCGGAUCGGCGGCCGCGCCCUCCGGCCAUCUCUAGCCGCGCAGCAGAACCAGCCUACCACCUGUCGCCUCUUUCACAGCACGACCAAGAUGCAGAAGGCAGACGCAACUCCUUCGGCUGAGAUCCAGCAGGUCAAAGAAGAGCUCUACCGCAUGAUGUCUGAAAACAGGGAGAAGAUAGGAAACCAGAAGGGCCUGAUCAAGCACCUCUCAUCCCAUGUGGAGCCUAAACCUGAGGACCCCGUCUGGCGCUUCUAUCGCAGGGCAAAAUGGUACCAUUUAGUCUUGAUGUAUAGCCCAGCAUUCCUUUAUAGCUACAUGUCUAUGUUGGAUGUGCCUGAUGGCAAGAAGGAGAUGACGCCAGCUGAGAAGGAUGAUUUUAACAAGAGGAUGGCCGCGUUGAUGCCCAAUGUAGAACUUUGAGGACAGCUAGUUGCAUAGCGACUAACCCCAGCACUUUAUGUAGUUGCCAUUGCUCUGUUUGGACACUGCGGCUUUGUUAGACCAAAUUAUCCGUCAUGUUCAGUGCAGUUGUAAGUUAUGGUAAGGCUGAACUAGCUGUGAUGCUUGGUGAAGAGUGCUAUCUUAUAUGUUAAGACUGAGUUAUCAGUGAGAAUGUUGGCUCAAGUGGUAUAGUACUAUGUUGAUGUUA